AUCUAAUUUCGCACGUAGACUUUUCAGUUGUUCAGUUGCUAUCGAAGCGUGUUCAUCCAAUUUCAAGGAUAAUUCGAGUCCGCAUUACGUAUUUAGGAUGAUUGUGAAAAUGCGAGUGCGUACAGGAUACACACCCAUUAGAACAGGAAAAAAUAAUACAUUUUUUUAUUUUAUUAAUUCUUCUGAGUAUUAAAUAAGUUUAUGCACAAUAAAAAAUUGUACUAUACUUAUAAUCCUGUGAAAUUCUUACUAAAAACGUUCUCAAAGAAAAUAUCUGUGAAAAAAAUAAACAAAGUGGUAAACACAAUAAUACUGAACAUUAUGUUGUUGUGUUGACAAAUUGACUGACUGAUAUAAGUGUCUUGUGAGUGUGAGUGUUUAUAUAAAGUUUUUUUUUGGUUAACAGUUUUGAACUUGGAUUCUUAAUGGAAGCAGCGUUACGCUACACAGACACAAGCUGGCACUUAUUCAACCAAAGCCGUAAACAAUCCUCAAAAUCAGAAAAAUUCAUAUCGUACGAAAAAGCCAACAAUCUCGAUGAAACAGCACCUUUGCUACCCAACGGUACCCUACCAACGACAACCGAUCCGCCAACGAAAGACCAACCGGAUACCGCGAAAGAUAACGUUACUAGCGCUGAAGACGCAGAUUCUUCAGCCAGUAGUAUCGUGUACGAAAAAAUCGAUAAGCUUCAAAGACCUGACACCGACCCCAAACAGACUGUCAAAAUCGAAACGGUGGAAGUGGCAUACGAACCUGUCAAAUGUCAUGCCGAAAUUGUGUUGCACGCUCACGAUGAAUCGCUGAAAAACGGCCAUGACGUGAAUAAGAUGCUCCGAUCCACCUCCUACAAUGGUUUCGGAGAAGCGCUUACCAGCCAGCCGAGGUCAUCACGAGGAGGUAACCCUACCUCCAGUGGAAUGGACCUCAGCUACGUCACAGAACGGAUCAUAUCCAUGUGGUUUCCAUCGUCCGCUACGCCACAUUCUUAUAGACAAGGGCAACAACAGGCUGGUCACAUGCUGAGGAACAAACAUGGAGACAACUACAUGGUUUUUAAUCUAUCGGAACCAAAGAGGUCAUUGCGGAACGAACAUAAGCAUGUCAAAGAAGUUGGUUGGGCAGCCAGCUUAGCUCCUCCAUUGGAAAGGUUAUGUAGCAUCUGUAAGGAAAUUGAUUCGUGGCUAUCUGGAGACCAACAUCGGAUUGCGGUACUACAUGCAAGGGGUGAUAAAGACAAACUAGGAGUGAUUGUGGCAGCUUAUAUGCAUUAUUCAAGCAUUUGCGGUAGCGCUGAACAAGCUUUGGAUAGGUUCUCCAUGCGGAAAUUUUUAGAAGACACCGUUGGACCACUUGCCCUGCCAUCUAAUAAAAGAUAUAUUGAGUACUUUGCUGGCCUCCUCUCUCACAACAUCAAAGUUAACGCGGCGCCCAUGUAUCUUACACACGUUACUGUCCUGGGAGCGCCAGUAUUCCAACAUGGCGGUUGUAAAGCCUUUCUAAAACUUUAUGAAGGACACACGCCAGUUUAUACUUCAGGUGUGUACUCGAUUUCGAACGGAAUAAGCCAAUUUACCGUCAACGUUACCGGUGAUGGUAGAAGGGGCUUGCAACUAAGAGGCGAUAUCCUCAUCAAAUGCUAUCAUCGAGGCGAAAUGGGGAGAGAAACGAUCUUCUCCUGUCAAUUUCACACGUGUGCUGUUUCCGACCACACGUUGAGUUUUACCAGACAGGAGUUGGAUAUCGCCUGCAAUGACCAUCGAUUUCCAUUGGACGGUGCGGUCGAGCUUCAUUUCUCACCUGGUCCAGAAGGGAGACAUCCUGCACCAGCACCAACGCCCGCUGUUCCUUUCACCCAUACCGAUGAUCCCAUUACUAGAGCUGACAGCCCAUUAAUUCUAGAGGAGUACGACGAUUCAGAAGAAUAUGAUGACGAAGACGUAAACCAUACCUUCGGACCUUUAGACGGCAGUAUCUACGCAACAAUCGCCAAAAAGCCUGAACUGUCGCCGGGGGCCGUUUCCAGUCCAUUGACAGUGUCGAUGGACAGUGGCAUUUCAUCAGCAGGACACCAACCGCAAAACGCCAACACCACCGCCUCCUCGGGCAGCCCCCCACCGACCGCCCAGCCGUCCCCUCUCACCCCGGAGGACCAGCAUCGCGAACUGGACGAGCUGCUCAGCGACAUGAUGCUCACCGUCCAGUCGAUUCCGGACCUGAAGCCGUCAUCGGCGACACCGAGAGACGAGGACAGCUUCCGGUUUAUCGACGACGACGACGACAAAACGAUUCCGUAUCACGCGCGACAGUCCAGUCAGCCCUUUAGUUACGGUAUUAACGCCACCAUGAUAAACGAAAACAAGCGGCUGGCGAGUCCGUCUCUGGUCCGGAAAGCCAGCGGUAAAGGUUCGGUCAACGAAGGGAUCUACAAAAGCUCGCUCAGCAGCGACAGUACCUACAAAGGUUCGCCGGGCAGCGACAGUACGUACAAAAGCUCGAUCAGUAGCGAUGGAACAUUGAGGAAGGUCCAGGCUCAGGUAUAUCCGGAAUUCGGGUCGAAAGUUAACGAUUACAGCAAGCGAGAUCCUCUGGAUGAUGUGUUUAUUCAUACAAGUAAUCAACAAAUUCAGCCAAUAAAACGCGACUUUCGGGAAGAAUACUACAGAGAAGACACCAGAAGGUACGACCCUUUGAAAAGAAGUUUAACGGAAGGCACGAUACGAAGGAGUCCCGAAAAAAUGACGUACAAACAUUCGAAUUCCUUAGUCACGAGUCCCUAUUCGGAUUCGGACAGUUUAUCGCCUCCAGGAGCAUUCAGGAAUAACACGAAGAGUCCGGAAUUUCACGAAACAUAUACUACAGGCUCCAACCUCACAUGGCUACAACGACAGCAGCAAAAGCUCAAAGAGCGUCGAGAAAUAAUCUUAAGAGAAGAACGGCAACCACACGAAACAAGGCUACUAUCAGAACUCCGUUCUCUACAGCAUUCGAGACACAUGCGCCCUACUGCGAGUCAUCGCCUAGAUGGUUAUACCAGUGACACUACGGCUUUUGCUGAUGAUGAUGAUGACUAUACGAUUCCUCUUCAUAUUAACACCAUGCAGAAAAAUGGAACAUCAACGCCGGGAUCUACAAGCACCUAUAGCACUUUAAAAAGUACUUACAGUACUUCUGCGAAAAACGAAAGACCUUUUGUUAGCGUUAAGAGAGCCCACGAAAGAUUUCAACAGAAUGGAAAUCAGACCCCGGCCCAAAUCCUAGCUGCCAAUCCGUUAGGUCAAAUUGUCAGGCCACCAUCCCGUGGAGUAGAUCAAGUCGACAACAGCGGUCUGCUAUCAUUAGUAGAAAAACAACAGUACACACAGCACAAAGCCAACUAUGGUCACCAGCAACGCGAAACGGUGGGUAUAGAAAGCGAAAAUAUCGAAAUCAGGCCGCCAGUAGAUGGCGCGAGACUCGAAGCUCUGAAUGACUUGAUUGCUAACCUCUCCAGCGGCUCUGACAAGUCUAACAGCCCUAAUAAUUCUGCACCAGCAUGGCAGUUCCAACGCGAAGAUUCUUGGAGAUCCCAAACACUAGACGACUCGAGCCCUUCGCAUAAUUCUUCACCAAGGCCGCAAACGCCGGCGUUCCCAGUACACGCACGAACGCCCUACAUAAACGCUUCUACCCCGACUGUACAGUUUGACAUACCUUCCGAACGACUACCUCCAAAAAGUCCUACGACCCAGCGACGAUUGAGUUUUCCAUCGUCAGCGCAUAAAAGCAAUUUGAAGUGGUCCCUUUCUCCUGAAAGAAAGGACCGACCGACUUCCCCAUCCGACCUAACAAACGGUACCUCGACCGAUUACACACACACAAUAACUAGCCGCAGCGUUUCGGCCACUCCCACUUCAGGUUUUCGCGACGUUACGGACACCUACCAGCACAGCCCGAAAAGUCCGAGUUACAACGGUUCUUCGUCGCCCACCGUUUACUACGGUACGUCAAGAAGGAGUUCCGUAAAUUCCAACAACGAGUCGCCGCACGAAGUUUCUGCGGCCAACGUGAAGUUCGUAAGAGAUACCUCCAAAUUUUGGUACAAGCCGUCGAUUUCCCGAGAACAAGCCAUAGCAAUGCUUCGUGAUCAACAACCAGGUACCUUCGUGGUGCGCGACUCCAACUCCUUCCCGGGAGCUUUCGGACUAGCUUUAAGAGUGGCUACAGUCCCAUCGAACGUCCAAAACAAAAGCGGCUCUACAGACGAUUUAAUCCGUCACUUUUUAAUAGAACCAACAAGCAGGGGAGUUCGACUUAAAGGCUGCCAAAACGAACCAGUCUUUAGCUCAUUAUCGGCCUUAAUUUACCAACACUCCAUCACGCAAAUGGCGCUGCCUUGCCGACUAAUCCUUCCUGCGGACGAUUUGAGGUAUUCAGAGCAAAAUGGAGUUCAAUCGCAAUCGCUGUUUACCCAAGGAGCAGCCUGUAACGUCAUCUACCUCUCAACCAUCGAUAUGGAAUCGUUGACGGGGCCGCAAGCUGUCAAAAAGGCGGUGAUGCAACUCUUCCAGAAAAAUCCACUUCCCGAUACAGCAACAGUACAUUUCAAAGUCAGCGAUCAAGGUGUCACGUUGACUGAUAACAAGAGAAAGCUAUUCUUCAGGAAGCACUAUCCAAUUAGUACUGUGUCGCAUUGCGGAUUGGAUCCCGAUGAGCAUCGGUGGUUGGUUAAUGCGGAGGACACGGGUGCAGCUAAGAGUUCCAAUCGAAUAUUCGGAUUCGUAGCAAGAAAACCGAACGUCAGCAACCCUGACAACCAGUGCCAUUUGUUCGCCGAACUGGAACCCGAACAACCAGCCACCGCCAUCGUGAAUUUCCUUAAUAAAGUUUUAACAUCCAGUGGCAUUAAACCGAACAUUGUUUAAAACAAUAAUCAACGCGACUACCGAGAGUUUGUCACAUCACAGAAUCUUCCAAGUAAAAAGAAACAAUUCAACCAAAUCGUCAGCCAUCGUCAGUAUUUUUGAAAAAUACUUCUUGAAUGAAAACUUCCGAGAGAUGUCACACAAAAUUUUGUAAUGCCUAGUCCCUUUUUAUUUAAUAUAUUAUAAAACUUUUUAGGGUUAAGACAUUUUUUUUUGUUUGGAGAUGCAUUACUGCGUCUUUCAAAAAAAAUCAUUGUAUAUGUAUAUAUUAAAUAACACUAAGUGUGCCUGUCCAGAUUUUUUCUUAAUUUUUACAUAUUUUAAUUUUCGUUUUUGUCUCCGUGAAGUGCUUUAAAUAUUUGAAAUAUUAGCAACGUUCACGAAUUUUUUUUUUAUUUUCUCUUCUAAUAAAAGAACGUAUUCUACUGGACCUUGUUAGUGUUUUUGUUAUGAAAAAUUAACAAUAAGCAACACAAGAUUGACUGAUCGAAAUUAUUGUACUGGCAUGUCGGGGUAUCAGUAGAGUAUUAGUAACAGUAUCCUUCUAAACACAACCAAAUACCUAUUAAAUAUUUAUAAAAACUUGUUAUUUACGACUUAAUUUAAUAUUAAACAUGUUAUUGGUGUAAAGAAUAUUGAAAUAGAAUUUGACAGAAGCAAAGAAUACCUACCCAAGAAGCGAAAUUAAAUGGGCGAUUCGUGGACCAAAAACUGCCAAGUUUUCUCAGUGUUUUAGAGGUGGUUUAACGUCAAAUAUAGCUGUCAAUUUAUGUAGAGCAACAUUUGGUAUAUUAUUAUUAGCGUUUUGUGAAAAUUGCAGUAUAGUUAAGUAGUUGCAUUUAACUAAAUAGUAAUUAGAAAUUAGAUAGUUUUAAGAUUUUUAUUACAUAAGAAAAAUACAUUGCGCUAUUCGUAAAUUUUAAUGAACAUUUUUGCAUCCGGCUGUAAAUGUUUUAUUUUUAAAAUUUCUAAAUCAGUAUUACCUUUAAUGAUAAUUUACGACUACGUAUUAUGCAUUAUUUAAUUUCUUAAGUCUUUUAUUUAAAAUGUUUUUUUUUUGUUUUUUAAACCAUUUGAAUUAAAACAGUAAACGAACAAUAAUUAAAAUAUAUGACAAACUCAUUCCGAGGAACCAAGUCACUGCUAUAUCAGGAUGCAAUCGAAAUGCAUGCAGCUACCUACAGUACUUCUGGAUAUGUAACGUGUGGAGGGUGGGUUACCCCAUGCACUUAGGCCCUACUAGGCCCAUUGUGUAUCCUAAGAUCACAGGCACCUCCUAGCACGUGAACCCGUCUACAGAUUGAACGUAGGUGACAACGUGGCCAAGAGGUUCUUCUCUUAUAUCGGACGGUGUUAGCCAAUACUUCUAAUAAAUAAGAGCGUCAGGCAAUCAUAGAGGAUAUGCUCAAUGGUCUCAUCUUCUUGUUCGCACCCCCUGCAGGGUGCGGAUUAUGAUAGCCCUAUUAUAUGGAGAUGCUUCCGUACUUGGCAAUGACCAGUCCAAAUACCUGCGAUCAGGCGCAGAUUCUGUCUAGUCAUAAUGAAGUGUUUCUUUACUGUAAUGUUUUCAGGAUAACUUAAAAGCUUCCUGACAACCCUGCAGUUUCUGGUUUCCUCCCAUCUUUCCUUGAAUUUCACAAGAGAAUGUUCUUUAAUUAGGUCUGUCACUACCUAUGUUGUCAGUUCAAUAGAAGAGCCAGGUCCAAAAAGUAUUUGGUUAACUGCCUUCUUGUCUAGUGAAUCAGCACCAUAUUGUUGAUGCAUACUCUUGCCACAGUUUCGUAACAUCACAGCUUCGUAACAUUCUAGUACUAACCCUGAGUAAAUUCGUAGUCUGUUCAGGAUAAGUAGUGCUUAUCUGCUAUCUGUAUAGAUGAGCUUGUUCCUACAAUAUCACUAUUGUUUCUGGUGAUUUCUUUUGCUGUCAUGAUAACCUGCCAUUACCGGCUCUUCUAUUCUAAACAUCAGUUUCUGCCCCAACCGUGCAAAGGCGUGUCAUUGUCAUCCUCGAUGUACAUAUCAAGGGGAGUGAGACAAAAAAAGACUUCUAUGGCUCUGGUUGGUGUAGUUUUCAUGGCUCCUGUUAUAUUGAGACUUGCUGUUAUUUGAAUUUGUUCUAGUUUGCGGAUAGCUGUCAAUUUUUGGAUUUUCGGUACCCAGACAACUGUACCGUAUAUCGGCAUAGGUCUUAUGAUGGCCAUGUAAGUCCAUGUGGGAGAAACCGCAGAUGCUCCCCACGGUUCGGCGGCAUUGUUCAUAAACAAUGUAUGAUCUUUUGACUCUAUUUUCUAAGUGUGAGUUCCAUUAUAACUUGUCAAAAUAGCUACCUAGGUACUUCACUUCUGUUGCAAAGUUUUCUUUUAUGUUUAAGAGCUCUAGAGGUUUUAAUUCAAUUUUCUUCCUAUUCCUUGUGACAACGACCAUUUCUGUCUUCUUGGAAUUGAUAGACAGUGGAUGGUCCUUGCACCACUGUUCCAUAAUUAAAGACACGAAUGGAUAAAGGUGUCAUGUCAUAAAAAGAUUAUUUCGGGAAAAUCAAAUUUAAAGUUUUACAAUUGCAUUACGAUAUAUGGCUCAUGAUACCUUCCUAUCUGAUGUAUAGCCAUUAUUUAUCAAAAUUGGAAAUUAGAACUACCUACCAUAAACAAAAAAUAUAGUAUAUUUUAAGUAUUAUAGGCCAUGAAAAUCAUUUUUUGAAAAAAUGUGACAUGUUACAUGUAUCUUCAUGUCUUCAAUUGUUCUCAAAAUUCCCAGGUUAUUUGCUUACGCUAUUGUGUAAUGACUGUCAUUAUUUGUAAGUACAAUAAUAAUAUUUAUUUUGUUAUUAAAAUAAUCUAUUUUUCAAAAAGAACAUGGUAAGAAUUUUCUGUAAGCCAUUGUUACUUUAAUGUGUUCAAUUCUUAUGAACCAAACGACAAAAAUGGAUUAAUUUUCAUAUGUUUCCCAGUGUAUUAAGUUCCCAUGCUUUAGUACAUACGAAAACUCAUUCAGUUUCGCUUCUUGGGUAGGUAUUCUUUGACAAAAAUAACAAACCUCAUCUAAUUUUCAACAUUAUGACCAAUUUGCAACUGUCAAUAAAAAUAUUCUCUCUGUCGGAGAUUGAUCUGUAUAUUACAGAACGCCAAACUUGAUGAUGUUUGUGACAUAUACACGAUUGAAUGUUUUUUUUUUCACUGUGUUUAGUAGGAUAUACAAUUUUAUUUGGAUAUUUUUUAUUUACGUCGUGCUUUUGUUUAAUAAAAAAAAAUUUAAUGUGGAGUAAAUUAAUGUUAUUUUUGCUAUAGUGCUAAAAGGAGAUCUACUUACUAGUGGCCAAAACCUAUAUAAUUAAAUGAAUAUUGACUAAUAAUAUAAUAGAUAGUAUUUUAUAACCAAAAUUGAUUGAUUUACUCCCUGAAUCCCCUUAGAAUGUACACUAACAAUGUCUUUUUAAAAAAGUACAGAUUAGAAAUCAAGGUACAUUAAAUAUUUAAAAAUUUUGUGUAGAUUAUUGUGUAUUUUAUUACUGUAAUUAUUAAUUACGAAUCUCCUCAGCCUAAACAGAUUAUUUAAUUUUAACAAUAAUUGUCAACUAUUCUGUCAAAUAAUGGUUCUAUUUUCACAGAAAUUACAUUUUAUUUUAGUUAUUACUCACUGAGCUAGGUACACUGUGAAUAGUUAUGAUUUCUCAGAGUAUCUCUGCAGUGGAACUAGCCCUAUGUUUCUUUUCUGUAUUGCUCUAAGUCAUAGAAAGUCCCAACUGUCAAAUUUUACACUUUUAUCUAUAUCAAAGCUGCUUAUUCUCUUUCAAUCAAUUAGGCAUUCCAAACAAAUGAAUUGUCUGUGGGCAGGUUUGGUAGAUCUGACGGUUGCGACAUACGAUGUAUUCUACCUACAAUACCUAAAAUCAUGAAUAAUGGAUUAUUUUAUAUCGAACACUAUAAAAAUAUUAAUUAAAAAAACUGCUUGUACAUUUUUUUUAAAAACUGGCAGGAUUGACGACUGAUAUUUCGAAUAAAAAUAGCGUCCAAGAUGAAAGACUAUGUCGCUACCCACUUAGAUAUACGAGACCUUCCCACUGGCAGGUAUUGUUUGACAGGUCGUUGGAAUGCCUAAUUAGGCAUUCCAACGACCUGUCAAACAAUAGGUGCCAGUGGGAAAUUCUUGUAUAUCUAAGGGGGUAGCGACAUAGUCUUGCAACUUGGACGCUAUUUUUAUUCGAAGUAGUAGUCGCCAAGCCUGCCAAUUUAUGAAGAAAUAUAUAGGUGGGUUUUUUAAAUAUUAUUUUUAUUGUGUUUGACAUAAAAUAUUUAAAUGUAAUCCAUUAUUCAUGAUUUUACGUAAAGUAGAUAGAAUACACCGUAUGUCGCCACCCUUAGUUAUACCAAACCUUCCCACUAGCAAUUCAUUUGUUUGGAAUGCCUAAUAAUUAUUAUUUUGUAUAAAUAAGUAUUUAAGUCGAACCAUUAUUUGAAAGAAAGAUUUAUUGGGUAUAGUUGUGUAUAUUAAUUUGUGUUUCAUUAAUAGUACAAAAAAAUAAUAAUUUUAUCUUGUCAA